AUUUUUUCAAAUUUAGAUCAUAGCGAAAAAAACAAAACCGAAGAGAAAAGAUUUUUAAAAUAUGUAUAAUAUUGAGGUUCUAGGUGAAAAUGGUGCUUGGUAUAAGGGCAUGGUAAAUGAUGUAUUUGAAGAUGGACUCUUAGUAUCGUUUGAGAAUGAUUGGCAACCAGAGUCAAAGUUCCUUUUUAAUCAAAUUCGAUUGCCACCUGAUACAUGUUCAACACAGCCAAAUUAUGUGGAAGGAAUGGAAGUGGAAGUUUUCUCGAGAUCUAAUGAACGUGAAGCGUGUGGAUGGUGGGCAGCAGCUAUUAAAAUGAUGAAAGGCGAUUUCUUUGUAGUCGAAUAUCUGGGAUGGGACAAUAAGUAUACGGAAAUUGUAUCACAAGAUCGCUUGCGAAUUAAAAAUCCCAAUAGCACAAUUAACAAUGCCACAUACUUCCGUUUUGAGAUUCAAGUGCCCGAGGAAUUGCGAGAAUAUGCCAAAGUUGAGGGUGUUCAUAAAGAGUUUCAAAAGUCAUCUGGAGCUGGAUUUUGUCGCUAUGAUGCUCAGAAAGGAGUUCUUGUGUUACUGUCACGCUCUGAGGCUUGUCAUAAGCGUGCUCUUAUGAUGCACGAUAUGCAUUUUCGCAAUCUUACACAAAAAGCAUUUUUGUUAAAGAAAACUGAAGAAGCAGCCCGCCAGUUAGAAUCAACAAAGUUGCUCAUCACUGGAGGAACAAAAUCUUCCACAAUACAACGUAGUGGCAAGAAUGAAUACAGUGGACGUGUAAGAUUUUCGGAUGAAUUUCAAGUACGUGAAGAUCUGAUGGGACUUGCAAUCGGUGCUCACGGUACUAAUAUACAAUAUGCUCGAAAACUGGACGGGAUCACCAAUAUCGAAUUAGAAGAAACUACCUGCACAUUUAAAAUCACUGGAGAGACCGCAGAAGCAGUAAGCAAAGCACGAUCAAUGCUAGAGUAUGGAGAAGAGUCUGUUCAUGUACCACGCAAUCUUGUAGGAAAAGUGAUUGGCAAGAAUGGUAGAAUCAUUCAGGAAAUUGUCGACAAAUCUGGUGUUGUGCGUGUAAAAAUCGAAGGUGAUAACGAGCCUGAACCUUCGACACCUCGCGAAGAGGGACAAGUUCCAUUUGUAUUUGUUGGCACCAUAGAAAGUAUUGGAAAUGCAAAAAUUCUUCUCGAGUAUCAUCUUGGUCAUCUUAAAGAAGUUGAACAAUUACGCCAAGAGAAACAGGAAAUUGAUCAACAAUUGCGUGCUAUACAAGGUUCCAAUAUGGGAUCAAUGCAAAGCUUUCCAACAUCGCGACGUUCUGAUCGAGCAUAUAGUACUGAAUACGAUUCGUCGCGUUCUAAUCGUGGAUCAAAUCGGGGUGGACGUGGUGGAUCAAAUCGUGGACGAAAUAGCAUGAAUAGUGGUGGAAAUCCAAGAUAUAGUAAUCGACGAAACGACCGAGGAACUGGAGACGAGACCGAAGAAGAAUAUCAUCGUGGUGGAAGUUACAGUAAUAGUGGAAAAUAUCAAGGAAAUGCUCGUAGUUCUGGACAGAGAGGUAAUUUCUCACAAAAGCCAGGCGGUAAAGGCGAUUUAUUAAGACGACGAGGAGGAUCUAUUGCAAAAGAAGAUCAGCCAAUUCGUGAUGGCAGUUCCGUUGAUAGAGAGAGUCAAUCGUCCAAUGAAAACACAAACAGACGUCGCCGACGCAAUAAUAACACUAAAAAUCCAACGCAUUCAACAAAUGGAAACUAUAAUAACAGUGCAGUAAAUAAUACAAGUAGUACUAACGCUAAUCAAUCUUCUUCAGUGGAUGUCAAUGCAAACGAGAAAACGACAGCUCAAUCGUCGAACUCAUCACAACAGCAGCAGCAACAACAACAACAGCAAACAACGACGUCGGGCAACACUAAUAAUAACAGUUCAAAUACAUCAUCGAAUGGUCCACCAAAACUACAACGCGAGCGUACUAAUCGUGUUGGAACAAGCGGUGGAAUAAGGAACAAGAAACCUUCAAAUUUACCUACCAACGAUAAGCACGGAAGUGAAAAGCUCGUUAAUGGAUCAUCAUAAACUGAUUGUAUCAGAACUUAGCGAAUGAUCUUUACACUUUUACUAUUGAUAAAUUGACUUCGGCUUAUGUGUGUUCCUCUUCGGGUGUUUUUGUUUUUCUCGAUCGAUAACUAGCAAAUGAAGAAUGACGAUAAAAAAUUAUUGCAAAAACCUAUUUGAAGAAGUUUCCAUGAAAUGUUUUUGAUAAAUGAUGAAUAACAAAUUAACUAUUCAACAAAAAAUAUCCUUUAAACAUGACCACAUUCAUGUGAUCCAUUUAUAACUUUAUUUUCUCAUAUUUCUAAUUAUUACGAUUCUUCUUUUUCAAAAGCU